AUGCCACUGCCUUGUAAUCAGCCAGAUCUUUAUCCUAUAAAAGAGGAUCAACUUCCAAAAGUGAUUAUCAAGGCAAAGUUGCCAAGUAAAAAGAAGAUGGAAGAUUUUUAAACUCAAUCGGGUCUGCAACCUAAAAACACAUAAGCUAUGGUUCAAAAAUUUAUGGAUUAGUGGGCUUAGCAUGGAGUAGAAUCCUGGUUUAAAUGGUGGCUUGAUGCAGAACUUAAAUUGUCAAAAUUAAUGGCACCAAUUAUUGGAGCACUUCCAGAGGAGAUAACAUUUUCAUCGGGCUUGACUGAAAAUAUUCAUAAGUUGGUAGCUACUUUUUACCAUCCGUAAGGCAAGAGAAAUAAAAUUAUUACUCUAUAAAAUGAGUUUUCAAGUGAUUUGUAUGCAAUUCAAUCUUAAAUCAAUCUGAAGGGGUUAGAUGAUAAGGAAUGCAUGAUAUCAGUUGCAGUAAAUUAAUUUGAUUCUAAUCAGGCUACUCAAUAACUAAUUGAAGCAAUUGAGAAACAUAAAGAUGAACUGUGCUUAGUCUGGUUCAGUCAAGUUAAUUAUUUAACUUCUACAAGGAUUGAUGUUGAGUAAGUUACAAAGAUCUGCCAUAAGUAUGACAUCAAAUGCUUAGUAGAUUUAGCUCAUGCAGCUGGAAGUAUCCCUCUAGACUUGCAUAAAUGGAAUGUAGAUGGUGCUGUUAUGUGUUCUUACAAAUAUUUGAACUCAGGGCCUGGUUGUAUGGGAGGCCUAUUUGUGCAUAAAAAUCACUCUAAUGUGAUACCAGGACUUAGAGGUUGGCACGGUAACUCCCGUUAAACUUAGUUCUUAAUGAGACCUAACUAUGAGCCUGAGUAAGAUGCUCGAAGAUUUCAGAUAAGUAAUUACGAUCCUAGCUAAGCUGCAAGAAUUGAAAGUAGUCUGACACUCUUUUAAAAAGCUGGCGGAAUGUAGCAUAUUAGAGAGAGGAAUGUUAAGCUUAGUAAUUAUCUAAUAGAAAGAUUGUUGGAUAUGCCAAAGUUGAAGGUUAUUUCCCCAUUUAAUGAUGAGGAGAGAGGAUCUCAUUUAUCUAUAAUCAUUCAAAAUACAGACAUGAAGGAGUUUAGUGACAGACUAAUGAAUCAAGGAGUGCUCGGAGAUCUUAGAAAAUUUGAGAACGAUGUAUAUCUAAUGAGACUAUCCCCUGCUGGUCUAUAUAUUACUUAUGAAGACUGUGAUAGACUAUUAUAAGCUUUGGAAUAUGGGCUAGAUAAUAAGGGAAGCGUAGAAAAGGCUAAAUUAUGA